CUAUACCAGAGUAUUCACUAUCUGCUCUUGUCCUCACUUGCUAUUUAUUAUCUUAAUAUCCCCCUCUAUCUGCACAACAUCUACUACUCUAAAUCCCGUGCUCCUACAUGUGUCAGAAUGCCCUUCAUAGCUCUCCAAUCCUCCGUCUGAACAGGGUUACAGCUAUCGUUAGACUCGACUUGUGCAAAUCGUGUGCGACUGUCGCAUCCGGACAUACUCGACCAAGAGCCCCUCGUGGCGGAUGGCAACCGUUUGAGGGCCCCCCUCUGUGUACCUCGAGAAUAAAUGACCUGCUCUCCUCCUCUCCAUCGACGUGAAUAACCUCUGCUUGAACAUGUCGCACGAUAAGGACCAUCGUCGAUCUCCCUCUCCGACCGUUGAGAUUCCCCUCCAUACUCUCGAACCGAAUAGCAGUCCCUACCCGCAUUCGCAUCCUGCCGAACACGGACACUCCAAGCAGGGCAAACACUUUGCAGAUGACUGGGCCGAUUCUAUUGAUCUCACGCUCACCAAAUUGGGAGUCGCUCUCACGCCCAGCUUUCUACAGCACUAUGUAGACGGCCAGCCAUCUUCGCCCGCAAAACAGCAUUCAAUCGCAGCGCUCGACGGUCUGCGCGGUUGGGCCUCUCUACUUGUUUUCAAUUUCCAUUUCCUCUUCACCUAUACCUGGAAGGUCGCGGUCGGUUGGGGAUUCAAUGGCGAGAACUAUGCACUCUGGCAGCUACCCGUCCUUCAUAUGGCGGUCUCAGGCCAUAUCAUGGUCGCGAUCUUCUUCGUUCUUUCUGGCUACGUACUCUCCUAUAAGCCGUUGAAAAUGAUCCGAAGUCGCUCGUGGGAGCAGACCUUUACCACGCUCGCCUCGUCUACUUUCCGUCGUGCGUUUCGGCUCUAUAUUCCCUCGUUCGUGGGCAUCACUCUGGUCAUGUUGGCCGUGCGCGCAGGCGUGUACGACUAUUCGCACCGGGUGAUCAAUCAUGGCCACACUAUUCAAGGAACCAACGAACAGCACCCGCCUAUCUACAAGUAUUUCUAUAAUCAGUACUGGGAUUAUUACCUGACGCUGGCAAACCUCAUGGAUUUGUUCAACUGGUCCCUGUAUUACAACUACUACAACCCCCAUCUCUGGACCAUCCCCGUUGAGUUCCGCUGCUCAGUCGUUCUCUUUCUCACAAUUCUCGGUACUUCGCGUCUUCGCACACCAAUGCGCAUGUCUGUGGUGGCCGGUUUGGUAUGGUUUUGCAUGCGCUACGGCCGUUGGGAUGUUGUGCUCUUCUUCUCUGGGAACCUGUUGGCAGAGACCGAUCUGAUCAACGGCACUUGGGAGCGUCCAAGGUCGCCACUGUCAUCAUCUGCAAAGAUGGGCCCCGAAUGGCUACCCCUCCAGCUCCGCCCCUCAAGACGCAGAUUCUGGAUUGGCGUCUUCGUCGCAGGCCUCUACUUCGGCUCCUGCCCCAACAUCGGUUUCAAAUGGACCCCCUUCUACAUGUGGCUUUGGGACCUCACCCCACGGACAUACCCAGAGCCGCACCGUUUUCCGCAGACGAUCGGUGCCGUCUUGAUUGUCCUGGGCAUCAAUCGCUCCCCCGACAUUCAGAAACUAUUCAACCACCCCCUCUCACAAUAUCUAGGCAAGAUCUCCUUUGCGUUCUAUGUCGUGCACGGGCCCAUUCUUCAUUCUCUUGGAUACUCGCUCAUGCCCAACAUCUGGAGCGUUGUCGGCAAGGAGACGAACUUCCAGUAUUGUUUUGGGUUCUUAAUUGGAUGGGCUAUCUGUCUUCCUUUGGCUAUUUGGUUGGGUGAUAUUUAUUGGCGCGCUGUCGAUGUUCCUAGUGUUAAGUUUGCUCGCUGGUUGGAGGAUAAGGUUAUCACUAAGAGCUCGGAGGAAGAGCGGGAUUUGCAUGUCCAUUGAAUUCCUAGCUUACUGUGUCGCUGCGUAUAACUAGACCGUUCAUUCUGGAAAUGAUUCGGGUUCAAACUUGGUAUAGCUUGUUAAAAUGUGAUAUCUCCAAAAUACUUCUGUCGGAUGCGAU